AUGGGACAAGAGAACAUAUCGCCAAAUAGUUACAUUGUUAGUUCUCAUGCAAUUUUAGAAGUGUUGACUCGGUGUUGAGAUCCCAAUUAUUCUUAUACAAUGGGUAGGAAAACUGAUCCACAGACAACCCUAAUAGCCAAAGUGAAAGCCCAAUUAUUUCAACGAUUAGUUAUCCUACAAUGGCUUCCAAAAUACACGAAAAGCGAUAUUUUGGCAGAUUUAAUAGCGGGCUUGACACUAGGUUUAACGAUGAUGCCGCAAUCUAUAGCAUACGCGGGAUUAGCGGGUCUUGAACCACAAUAUGGAUUAUACACAGCUUUCAUAGGAUCUUACACAUAUAUUUUUGUUGGCUCAAUUAAAGAAGUUUCUAUUGGGCCCACAAGUCUUAUGUCUCUAUUAACAUUUUCAUAUACAGUAGGGAAACCUUUGGAGUGCGUCAUUCUUCUUACUCUCAUUGCAGGAUGUGUAGAACUCCUGAUGGGUCUGCUUAAAUUAGGAUUUUUGGUUGAUUUUAUGUCCCCAUGCCUAACGUCAGGAUUCACAUCUGCCAGUACUUUAAUAAUAAUAUCUGCACAAUUAAAAAAUCUUUUUGGUCUAAAUAUUAAAAGUCAUGCAGUGAUAGGAAUCAUCAAAGAGCUUAUCCAAAAAUAUGAUCAAAUCAAAUUAGCUGAUACACUAUUGGGUUUAAUUUGUAUAGGACUUCUUGUUGCUCUAAAGAAUUUAAACAGACUAAAACUAACGAAUCCUACUCUUAAGAAGAUUAUCUGGUUAGUAUCCAUAUCGAAAAAUGCGUUGGUUGUAUUGCUUGCGUCAGUAGCAGCAGCUCUAUGGACUAGUGAUGGUACUACACCGUUCAAAAUAACUGGAGACGUACCCAAAGGAAUACCACAAUUCAAGUUCCCAUCUUUAUCAGCUCAAUUUGGUAACGAAACCGUUGGUUAUGCAGAAAUGAUGGGAUCACUGGGUAGUGGACUUGUUGUGAUUCCUCUUGUUGCAGUGCUGACCAAUGUAGCUAUAGCGAAGUGUUACAGUUCUGAUGUAAUUGUAGACAACUCCCAAGAAAUGAUAUCAUUAGGAUUGUGUAAUAUUUUUGGGUCAUUCGUCAGAGCCAUGCCAAGUUCUGGUGCUUUUACCAGGUCAGCAGUAGCAAGUAGCAGUGAUGUGCGAACACCACUUCAAGGUCUUUACUCAGGUACUGUAAUAGUCUUGGCACUCAGUUUUUUGGCGCCGUAUUUCUAUUUUAUUCCAAAAGCAGCUUUGGCUGCCGUUCUAAUAACAGCUGUAUCAUCGUUGUUCGAUUACAAAAUCUUUCCCGUUUUAUGGAGAUGCAACAAGGUCGACUUUUACCUAACGCUAGCAACGUUUGUAAUUGGAACUUUAAUGGGAGUUGAAGCAGCCAUUCUAAUUGGUAGUAUUUGUAACCUACUAGUCCUCCUUAUGAUAUGGGCCAGACCUAAAGUCCAAACCGAAAUAAGAAAGAAAAUUGAUACCGAAGAAAGAUAUUUGUAUAUAAAGCCUGAACUAGGAUUAUAUUAUCCAGGUGCAGAUUAUGUCUCAGAAUGUAUCAAGAAAAGCAGCAAUGAGAAUCCUUCAUUGCCCAUCGUUUUAGAUUGUAUAAAUAUUCUUAGGCUUGAUUAUGCAGCAGCUAAGACAUUGGAAAAUGCAUUAAAUACCUACAACGAUGGAGGAAUUGGUCUUGUUAUGAUCAAUAUGGAAACUAAUGUUUUCAACACCCUUAAAAGCAUUACAGACGCUGAAAAUAUGCAACUAUGUAGUAAUUCAGAUAAAAUCACCGAAAUAAUUGUCGUGGAUGAAAAAUUGGGGAAAGAAGAGGAAGAAUCGUUGUUAAAUGGAAAAAAAGAAGAUAGAAAAUCAUCAACAAUAUCUAAAUUGAGUAUGGCUAGCGGAAGAAGGCGGUCAUCAGAACGUAAAAAAUCAAUAUUUGAAUUAGAAUAAAAUUGCUUCUAUAACUAAAUAUAGUUAUAGAUUGUAUAUUUUUAAAUUGGAUGAUUUCCAAAUUUACGCAACUUGAGAAAAUGCAAUUAUUAUUAUUGCGUUCCACAAAAGUUAUGUUAAUUCUCAAAAAGUGUUUAUGAUAGUGUGUUUAAUGUAUAAUUUGUUAUUAAUUGUAACUUAAUAGGAUUUGGUUAAUAAUUAUUAGACUGCAAUCAAACAACCAUUCCAUAAUGUUAAAAGCCUUUUACCUACAUUAGGUAAAACCAUGUCUCCUUUGCUAAUCAGGAAAAAUAAAAUAAAAAAAAAAAUAAAAACAAUCAGGUAAUUUACUAAAGUAAAAGUUAAUAGAGUUUUUUAUUAUUACCUUGCAUUUUACAGACCAUAAUAUUAGGAGAGUAAAAAUUAAUUCUUAAAGCUAUACGAUCUCUAUACAAAGUAGGUUUCCACACUUUGAACUCCGAGUUGAACGUUAACGUUUUUUGCAAGCUGUCAUUUUUUGACAGCUAAUCUGCUCUAUGCCAGCUGUCACUUUAAUCAUCUGUCAUCUAUUUUUAUACAAAUAAACAAAAUACAACUGCAGGCUUCUGUUUACAAAUUGUUAAUUAUUAUUACUGAAACUAUGUUUCGAUACGCAAAUAGCAUUUAUUACAUGUAUUUAUUUAUAAAGCUAAAAUUACAAAUAAAUAUUUUUUUAAACUAA